AUGGAGCAGCAACAACUGCAAAAGGCGUAUCUCACCUCCCGGAGGACCACGAUGAUUACUGCGCUGGGUCGGGCAGAGGCAUUCGUGGCUAAUUUCGACGAGCAACGCGACCAAGGGCAGGUCUCAAUUCGGCUGGAGUACCUGAACAACAUGUGGACAACGCUGGAGGAGGUGCAAGGGCAGUUGGAGGACAUUGAGUGUGGUGAACAAGGUAGGCAAGUUAAUGCUGACAUUCGUGCAAAUUUUGAACCUCGGCUGUUCCAAAUAAAAGCCGCCUUACUUUCAAAACUACCUGUUCUUAAUCAAGCUCGCAUCCCUGAAUCUUCGUCUUCGCCGUCUUCCGCUCUCGCUGGGUUGAAACUACCCACGAUCUCGCUUCCUGAAUUCAACGGAGAUUACAUGCAGUGGCUAGGGUUGCAUGACACUUUUCUGGCGCUCAUUCAUUCAAAUUCCGACGUUGCAGCCAUCCAAAAGUUUCAUUAUUUGAGAGCAGCUCUGAAAGGUGAAGCGGCUCAGCUCAUUGAGUCCAUUGCGAUUUGCUCAGCGAAUUACAACCUGGCUUGGCAAACAUUGGUGAACAGGUACGCCAAUGAAUACCUGUUGAAGAAACGGCAUCUCCAAGCACUGUUCGAAAUCAACUCGGCUAAAAGGGAAACUGCUGCAUCUCUGCAUGCACUGGUGGAUGAAUUCCAGCGUCACACCAAGAUCCUGUGUCAACUAGGUGAACCAACGGAGUCCUGGAGCACCAUCCUAGAACAUCUAUUGUGCACAAAACUCCCUGACGACACGCUGAAAGCCUGGGAAGAGUACGCAUCAACCUCUAGCAACCCGAACUACGACUGCUUGAUCGAGUUUCUUCAGCGUCGUAUGCGCGUUUUGGAGUCCAUUCUGGUGAACCAUCAUCAACCCGCAUCCGUUCCAAACGUGUCAUCUCAUUCUUCCAAAAGGGCUCCCAAUUUCCGUGUAUCAUGUGCUUCUACUUCCAAUUCCGCCUGCAAAUGUCCAGCUUGCAAUCAAGAUCAUCCGCUUAUGAAGUGUGCAAGGUUCAAUCAGCAGUCUCAUUCCGAACGGCUGCGUUUCGUAUCGAGCAAGCACCUGUGUCACAAUUGCCUUAAAAGUGAUCACAUUGCUCGUAAUUGCUCAUCAACUUACAGCUGCAAGCAUUGCCGUAAACGCCAUCAUACGAUGCUGCAUUCCGGUGACGUCACUAGAUCUGUAAACCCAAGUAACCAUUAA